AUGAAUAUCGGGCCGGACAGCGGGCGGUCGGCGGGCUACGAGCCAACACCGCAGACACGCAAAAAGGCCGUUGUGCAUCGAAACCCAAAUCACGUCGCGAAGGACGUCUACGAUGCGCUCGGCGGCACAAAUCCGCUCCUCUCGCGACUGUACAGCAGCGGCGUCUCCAGUGGACCGCAACUCGGCGUCCCCAAUCGACUCGCACACGAUCAGCCUUUUCACAGCACACAAACACAGAAACAGACAAACGAGGAGCCAAGACCACCCACAAACACCAUCACUGAACAGAGCACCAAAUCUCUACCAGAGACACAUCCACAGACACAGACACAGCCAUCACCGCAUCGCACACUCCAACUCUACAAACAACCAACCUACCCAGAUGAGGAGCUCAAGAAGAUGUUUACCACCGGCAGUUAUGUGGAGAACAGGGUGUCAACAAUCUCUCUGAAACGAGGCCGAUCUGUUCCUGGGAAACUUAAACCACUCACCGAUGAUGUAGAGAAGCACAAGGAAAGAAGGGGAGAAGAACACGCGGAUGCUGAGAAGGAAAAAACAACAACAACAACAACAACAACAACAACAACAGCAGCAGCAGCAGCAGCUAAUGAACUGCCCGUUGCAGAAGUGAGUUCAAUUCCGCGCUUUACAAAGGUGAGAUCAAAUGCACCAAACGAAUUCACAUAUCUUGUUAUGCGGCCAAGGGGAAUUCGUGAUCCAUAUAACCCAUAUGAUCUGCAAGUUGUAUCACACAAAGAUAUUGACCCAUUAAAUUACUACACCAUUUCUGCUGCGGGUGUGACGAAGUUCUCUCGUCAUGAGGCGGAAUUUAUUGAACUGCAAACAUGGGAGAGAGAUUGUCGUAUUUUUAAUCAACUAAGAGAGUUAGAUGUCUUAAGGAAUUACAAAAAAUGGAAAAGUUUUCUCCUUUGGCGAGGUCUUGUUCGUAAUCAUGCAAUGUCCAACUGCAAAACUUUCCUGACAAAGAACCUCUUUCACGUCCAUCCUCAUCUCUCUGGUGCUUUGCAGACUGUACGACGAAUGUGUUUAGAUUGCAUUAACAACAAUAGAAUGCAUCUUCCUGCGACAGAAACUCGUACACUGGAAUCUUUUUGUUCUACUCUGGCUGCUCAUUUAAAUUUUCAACGAAAUCGUUUGGAAAAAAUGAUAAAAAGUAUUCGUGACACUGUUGAACGUGCAUGCAAGGCAGCCAUGUUAGCAGCACAAUUAGAACGAGAGAGUGUCAAUGCCUUGCACGCUGAAGAAGAAAAGAAAAAGAAGAAACUUAUUGAUGUUCGAGAACUCGGGACACGUCAAAAACCAACCUACAUUGAGAUGUCACAGAAAAAGGCGGUCUGUCAACGUCUAACGGCAUUUAUUCGGUUAUGUGAUUAUAUCAUUAUUAACUGUUUAACCAAAUUGGCUGCGAAGGCGGUAGAAGAUGUGCAUGAUGAUUUCCUUUUCCCAAAGCCUGUACAUGUAGCGGAGCCAGUUGCAUGCGGCGGUGCGAAGACGGCAGUGAAAUCACGACGACAUGAGGCAAACGCAAAGGCAGAGGCGCAAAAAGUGGCAGCCCCAUUUACUGGUCCUAUCCUUAUCCUUAACGUUCUAUACAAUGAGGCUGAGGAGUCUAUUAAUAUUACACCAACACUUCCACAAAUUGUGGAAUGUGUGGAGGAUAUUAUAAAGGAUUAUAUCAAGACGUUAAGUGCUAUUCCACGGUUGGUUUCAAUGGAUGCAUUUAAAGUGUUUACCGACUCUGCAACAGAUGACCCACAAAAGGAACUCUCUUCUGGUCCUGCUGUAGGUGAAAUGAUUGUCUCAGAAGAGGCGUAUAAACAACAUAUGGUGGCUAUACGCGAAGGAAUUACAAAGGCAUAUGAAGUUGUAGAGGAAUACGCAAGCAGUUUUGAAUGUUUUAGAGAUAUGUAUGUUGAGAAUAGUCAACUUAACGCAGAAGAAGUUCAACAAAGUAAUAUGUCUCUUGAGUUCUAUCGUCAACGUCUUAACCUUUACAAGGAUGAAAGUGAAGCCAUUACAAGUAAAAUACCCAAUUCAAAAGAUGUGGCACUUUUUACAGUACAAACUGAAGCACUUCGUGAAUUCUUUAGCCCAAGUCCUGUUGCAUGUUUGGAAACCUUCCAUCAUCUUCUUCCUAUUAUUGCUCAACGGCAAAAUGAAGCAUUACUAGCAGAUCUUCAGAGCUGUAAUGUUUAUCUUUCUUCCCACCCAAAGACGGUGGAGCACUAUGUAGAGUAUCUUGCCUACUAUAAAGCAUUAGAAGGCCGUUUUGAUAGUAUUGCAGCCUCAUAUGAUUUUAUUCGGGAAUUAUUUAAUUUAUUACAAGAAGAAAAAGUAGAAAUUAAUGAAGAAGUUGAGGAAACGUAUAGAAGUGGAACUCGACCACAGUUUGAAAAGUUACGCACCUUAAUGCAAAUUAUUGAAGAUGGUAAAGAUGCUCAACAACGAUUCUUUAUUCGUAAUAUUGAUGAACAAAUGGAGGAACUUCGUCGUCGUAUUGAAGAUGUAUACGAUCGUGCUGGUCAACCGAUUGUAGCGGAUGAAAAUGCGGAUAUUGAUGUUGUGAUUGAUUUUAUCACAAAACUACAAAAAGAGGCUGAAGGUAUCGCCGCACGAGAGAAGGAGUUACGACAAUAUCAAAUUGCCAUUGGUGGAGAAGAAACUGUGGUGGAUACAAUGGGAGAUAUGUUGAAUGAUGUGAACAUAAAGGCUCGACUUUGGGUGGGAAUGCGAGAGUGGGAUACCUUUGCAGAGGAACACGCGAGUAUUCCAUUUGAUCAACUGGAUGUAUCAUCUAUUCAAGAGACUGUACAUAGAUACGUGACAACUGUUAAACAAGUAACCUCCAAGUUACCCGGAAAUGCCGCUGUCUCUAGAUUAAAAUCCCGUGUAGAGGAAUGGCGUCUUCUUACACCUAUACUUCAAGCUCUUACAAAUCCAAAAAUGAAACUUGAACAUACAUCCAAGGUAUCAAAUGCUGUAGGACUUUUAGAAGAUGAAAAUGGAACCUCUAAAACACUUGCAGAUUGGAAUAACCAAUUUACAAUUGGUAUGUUACUUAAAAACAAUAUUAUGAAAUAUAAGGAUGAAAUUCUUGCUAUCAGUGCUUCCGCAACAGAAGAGGAUAAACUUCAACAACAAAUUGAUAAAGUGAAUGCGCUCUGGAAUGGUGGGGGUCCAAAACCACCGAUGGAGUUUCAAUUUCACAAUCACAAAGAUAUCAAAGAUCUCUACACACUUGUUGGCUCAUCUGUUGAAGAUGUAAUGGCUUUACUAGAAGACUCUGCCAUUGCCAUGUCAACUAUUGGUUCAAGUCGUUGCUGCCAAGGAGUUCUUCGUGCACAGGUGGACCGCUGGGAACAUCGACUAAAGUAUAUGCAAGAAAGACUUGAUCGAUGGGUGGAAUUACAACGAAACUGGUUAUAUCUUGAAAAUAUAUUUUCUUCUGCUGAAAUUCGAAGUCAAUGGAAAGAUGAUGCGAAACGAUUUGAAAAAGUAGAUCGUUAUUUUCGAGAUUUGAUGCGUAAAGCGCAUGAUAUGCCUACUGCAUAUCGUGCUUUACUUAUAAAUGCACCAGUGGAAGGUAGUGAACAGAUGACCUCUAAAACUUAUAAGUGUGAUCUUGAAACUAAUAUCAAGGAACUAGAAAAGGUAUUAGCAAGUUUAGAACGUAAACUAGAAGAGAAACGAUGUGCUUUUCCACGUUUCUACUUUCUCAGUAAUGAUGAUCUUCUUGAUAUUCUUGCAAAGGUAAAGACCCCAGAAUUAAUUAUGCCUCAUAUGUUGAAAAUGUUUGAUGGUAUUAAAACUUUGGAAUUUACAGAAUCGAAUGACAUUACACAUCUAGUGUCAAUGGAAGGUGAACGUGUAGAACUUGUAAAUAAAAGUAUAAAAGCACGAGGGCCGGUAGAAAUAUGGAUUGAUAUGCUUGAACGUGAAAUGUUUUCUACACUUCGAAAACAUGCGAAUACAUGCCUUCAUGAUUAUGAGGCGAGAGGAGAUCGAACCACGUGGAUGUUUCAACAUCCUGUACAGCUUGUAUUGAUUAUGGAACAACUCUUAUGGACUCGUGGAGUGGAAGAGGCAUUGGGCCAGCCAGACUCUGAACAACUCAUGGUACGCUUUAAAGAUGAAAACUAUAAAAAAUUGGAAGAACUUGCAGGUCUCACAUCCUUAAAACUUUCAAAGGUGCAACGUAUUCUUCUCUCUACACUUAUUACAAUAGAUGUGCAUGGACGUGAUUUGGUAGAUGAAAUGUGUGAAUGUGGUGUAUUAGAACCAAAGGAAUUUGGAUGGACAAAACAAUUACGUGUAUAUUGGGAACAAGAUACAGAUGGAUAUGGAAAUAUAUUUAUACGACAAAAUAACUCACGAUUUGUGUACGGAUAUGAAUAUUUGGGUGCACAAGGACGUCUUGUUAUUACCCCACUUACAGAUCGUAUUUACAUGACGGUAACAGGUGCAUUGAAAUUACAACUUGGAGCGGCCCCAGCAGGUCCUGCGGGAACUGGUAAAACAGAGACAGUAAAGGAUUUAGCAAAGAAUUUAGCCCGUCAAUGUAUUGUAUAUAAUUGUUCAGAUGGAGUUACAUAUAAAAUGAUGGAGAAAUUCUUUUCAGGUCUUAUUCAAACAGGUGCAUGGACAUGUCUAGAUGAGUUUAAUCGUAUUAAUAUUGAAGUGCUUUCUGUGAUUGCCUCACAGUUACUUGAGAUUAAACUUGCACUACAAAAUGGAUUGGAAACUUUUACAUUUCAGGGAACUCCGAAUGUACGUGUGCGGCAAACAUACGGUGCGUUUGUAACGAUGAAUCCCGGAUAUGCGGGACGUACAGAACUUCCCGAUAACUUAAAAAUUCUUUUCCGUCCUGUGGCUGUGAUGACACCGGACUUCCGUAUGAUUGCAGAAGUGAUUCUCUACUCGGAGGGAUUUAAAAAUGCCAAAGAUCUAUCCCUUAAGAUUACACAAUUGUAUAAGCUAAGUUCAGAGCAAUUAUCCCCACAGGAUCAUUAUGACUUUGGUAUGAGAGCUCUUAAAUCUAUUCUUGUCAUGGCAGGUGAUUUAAAACGUUCACAACCUGAUGUGGAGGAGGAUUUAACACUUAUCGUUGCCUGUAAUGAUUCCAAUGUACCUAAAUUUGUUGCAGAAGACCUUCCACUCUUUCGUGGUAUCAUGCAAGAUCUCUUCCCUGGUGCUGAAUUCCCAGAGCGACAGUAUCUGGAGUUACUUCCUGCUAUGCAUAAAAGCAUAGAUUCAAAGAAACUUGUAUCCUAUGAUCCUUGGAUUAAAAAAGGUAUUCAAUUUUAUGAAACACUUAUUGUUCGUCAUGGUGUGAUGUUGGUGGGUGUUACCGGCACGGGAAAGACAGAAAUCCGAAAUUGUAUUUCCGAUGCCCUCACAACAAUGGCAGAGGAUGGAUCUACAAACCCAAUGGCACGACCCGUACAUCAAUUUGUAUUAAAUCCUAAAUCGGUUAUGAUGCAUGAACUUUACGGUCAAUUGGAUGUAAACACAAAUGAAUGGCGAGAUGGUGUUUUAUCCGUUAUUGCCAAAAAUUGUGUACGAGACUCUGAACUAAAUAAGAAUCAUCGUUGGAUUGUUUUUGAUGGUCCUGUGGAUACAUUAUGGAUUGAGUCAUUAAAUUCUGUUCUGGAUGAUUCCAAACUUCUUUGCCUUGACAGUGGUGAACGUAUUAAACUACCAGAUACUAUUCACAUGCUCUUUGAAGUGGCUGAUCUCGCCGUGGCCUCACCGGCUACUGUAUCCCGUUGUGGUAUGGUCUAUCUUGACACUGCAGACUUGCAUUGGAGUGCGGUUGUAAAACACUGGGCGGCAUCAAAGUUGGCAGAUGCGGGUGGUGAACCACAAUGUCGUGCAUUCAUCCUUUCUCUCUUCGACACAUAUGUGCAGAAGGGACUGGAUUGGCUCGCCACACAAAAGGUACUUAUUAAUGCUGGUGUAGUGAAUGUGGUACAAUCUAUGUGUGAUCUCUUUACAGCUCUUCUGUAUUGUAAUCAGGUGAAACUUAUGCCAGAUCCAGAAGGUGAAACUGUACUUCCAUUUGAUUCUAAAGUAUUUAAAGAUCGUAAUGAACUUUGUGGAUUACUCUUUGCCUUUUCGUUUGUAUGGUCUCUUGGUGGAAAUCUGGAUCAGGCAUCCAUGGAUCAAUUUGAUACACUUGUACGUAAUCUCUUAGAGACGGUGGUACGUUUCCCUAAUAGUGGUUCUGUGUAUGAUUACACUAUUGACUUUUCCACACGGUUGUUUGUUCCUUGGGAUGGACGUAUGGAAGAAUUUACCUAUGAUCCUCAAAUACCGUAUUUUAAUAUUCUCGUUCCAACAAUGGAUACCGUACGUUACAGUACACUCGCCAAGACAUUAAUUCAAUAUGGUAAACCAUUACUUUUUAAUGGUCAAACAGGUGUGGGAAAAACUGUUAUCAUGAUGGAUUACUUAACACGACAUAAGGAAGAAUUAAAACUAUCUGUUAUUGUCUUUCAAUUUUCUGCUCAAACUUCCUCCGAACGGACACAAGAAUUAAUAGAAUCUAAAUUAAAGCAUAAACGUAAAAAUAUUCUUGGAGCUCCACCUGGGCGAAGUGUCGUACUCUUUAUUGAUGAUCUCAACAUGCCAGCACUUGAAACAUUUGGCGCAUCCCCUCCCAUUGAACUUUUACGUCAAAUGAUGGGAAAUGGUGGAUUCUACGAUCGUAAGAUUGCUGGAUUCUGGAAACAAGUACAAGAUGUAACUGUGGUGGCAGCGUGUGGACCUCCAGAGGGUGGACGUAAUCCAAUUACGGCUCGUCUUACAAGUCUUUUCCAUCUUUUCCAUAUUCCUACUCUUAAUGAUGAUUCCAUGAAACGUAUUUUUUAUUCUAUACUUCAUGGUUUCUUUCAGGUAAGAAAUUUCAGUGGUGAGGUACGAGAUAUGGCCAAAUCUCUCGUGGCUGCAAGUGUUGAGAUUUUUACUAAACUUCGUGAGUCCAUGCGACCAAAACCAACCACACCACACUAUACAUUUAACUUGCGUGAUCUCGCUAAAGUGUUUCAAGGGAUUACACAAGUAAAUCCUCGUGUGUGUAAAGUACAACGUUCUGUCACUAGACUUUGGAUUCAUGAAAUUAUGCGAUGUUUUUAUGAUCGUUUAGCCACUCAAGAAGAUCGUCAGUACUUUACAGAAGAACUCAUGAUGGAUUCCUUAACACGUCUUGUUCCUGGACAACACUCUUAUGAAGAAUACUUUGAAGGAGAUCCACUCGUUUGGGCAGACUUCUUACGUGUGGGUGCAGCAGAGCGGGUAUAUGAGGAAUUAACAGAUUUUAAGAAACUUCCUACACUUUUUGGAGAAUAUCAAGAUGAUUAUAAUGUCUAUUUAGGUAAUGGAAUGGGACGAGAUGAGGAUAAUAGUGGAAAUAGUAGUUCCUUCUUAAAUCUUGUUUUCUUUAAAGAUCAUUGUGAACAUUUGGUACGUAUUAUUCGUAUUUUACGUCAACCACGUGGUAAUGCACUACUUGUGGGUGUUGGUGGUUCUGGAAAACGUUCACUCACACGUCUUGCAGCUUACAUUGCAGAUCGUCAAACCUUUGAAAUCUCUGUUGGAAAAGGUUAUUCUAUGAAUGAAUUUCAUGAAUUUUUACUGGAGCUUUACACCAAUACAGGAGUACAUUGUAAACCUUCUGUAUUCUUACUCUCUGAUAAUCAAAUUGUUCAUGAGGGAAUGUUGGAGGAUGUGAACAAUAUUCUUAACUCUGGAGAAGUUCCUUCACUCUUUAUACCGGAUGAACGUGAGAAACGUGUAAAUGCUUGUCUGGAGGCUGCACAAGAACGUGGUAUAACCGAUCGAGAUGAUGUGUAUAACUUCUUUAUCUCACGUGUUCGAGACAAUUUACAUAUCGUUCUUUGCAUGAGUCCUGUAGGUGAUACAUUUCGUACCCGUUGUCGUCAAUUCCCUUCACUUACGAACUGUUGUGCUAUUGAUUGGUUUGAUGAAUGGCCACGAGAAGCACUUCUUGGUGUGGCACAACGUCUCUUUACAGAAGCUGAAAGUGCCGUAUCUGCUCAACUUCUUCCUGUUUUGGCACCACUUUGUGUAGAUAUUCAUACUACUGUAUUGGAAGUGGCACAUGAGUAUUGGGAAGAGCAGCGACGACGAUAUUAUAUUACCCCAACCUCAUACUUGGAGUUUAUUGAAUUGUAUAAGGCACUAUAUAAUGAGCAACGAUCAUUACUAGAAGAACAACUUUCACGUGUUGUAAAUGGUAAGGAAAAAAUGAAGGAAACAGAUGAUACUAUUGCCAAGAUGAAAAUAGAGAUUGAAACUAAACGUCCUUUACUAGAAAAAGCUUCUAAAGAGACAGAAGAAGUUGUUGCCGAUUUAUCUGUACGACAGGCGAAAGCUAGUGAAGUACAAGUACAAGUUAGAGCUCAACAAGAAAGUGCAGCAGAACAACAAAAACAUGCAUCUCGUAUUGCAAAUGAGGCUAAUGCUCGACUUGCUGAAGCAAAACCUAUUAUUGAUAAGGCGAAAGCAGCUCUUGAUACUAUUCAAGCUAGUGAUCUUAAUGAACUUCGUUCCUUCGCAAAUCCACCCUCUGCUGUUCUUAAAACUACUCAAGCUUGUAUGGUAAUGUUUGAUCCAAAAGAUUUUGGUGGGGCUUGGUCUGGUAAUACAGACUGGAAAGGGGCACGUGAAUUCCUUUCAUAUCGACCACUUCUGGAUAUGAUUCGUAAUUACCCUACAGAUAAUGUUAAACCGGCCAUAUUACAGAAAAUACAAAAGUAUGUGAGUGAUGAGGAGUUUACGGUUGAAAUUUGUUCACAAAAGGGUUCUCAGACAUGUGGUAGUCUUUGUGCAUGGGUACACGCCGUAAAUGAGUAUUCAAAAGUUGUAAAGGAAGUUGCACCAAUGCGAGAGGCUGCAGCAGAAGCGGAACGUCAUCUUGCAGAGACGAAUGAGAAACUACAUGCUGCACAAGAGAUGUUGCGUGAAGUUGAGCAAGAACUUUCCGAAUUACAAAAGAAUUAUGAGGCAAGUUCAAAGCGGAAAAAAGAUUUAGAAGAAGGAUUGAAAAUGUGUAUCCGACGACUUGAGAAUGCGGAAAGUUUAUCCAGUUCUCUAAAGAGUGAAGGUGUACGUUGGGAGGAAAAUAUUCAACAAUUUCGUCAACGAUUAGAAUUAUUACCUUUACAGUCUUUUAUGGCAAGUGCCUGUGCGGCUUAUUUUGGUGCCUUUACGCCACGAUUCCGCAAACGUCUCGUUCAAUUAUGGCUAGCGAAGUUGGGAGAACAUGGAUUGGAUGCGGCCGACUUUACACUCUGUGGGACUCUUGGGGACCCAAUGGAUAUUCUCACUUGGCAAAUUAAUGGACUGCCAACAGAUGAGAGUUCAACAGAGAAUGCCAUUCUGGCAUCUCUCUCCACCGCCCCACGGCGUUGGCCACUUUUUAUUGAUCCACAGGAACAAGGAAUAAAGUGGCUCUUACAGCAAUACGGAGGUUUAGGCACUGGUGGGGGUGGAGGUAUGAAGGGUCUUGCAAAGACCGCAUCUACAGUGAAAGUUAUUAAAUUUUCAGAACCAACGUGGAUGCGUACACUCGAAACACAAAUUCGACGUGGAGGUGUAGCCAUUUUGGAUGAUGUUGGGGAAACACUUGAUCCCGCUCUUGAACCAUUGCUUUCUCGUCGUAUCUUUGCAGCUGAAGGUGGUUCACCACAAAUUAAAUUGACUCCACAAACUGGAGCUAUUGAUUAUAACCCAAAUUUCCGCUUCUUUAUGUGUACAAAAUUACCAAACCCACAUUAUUUACCUGAUAUUAGUACUAAAGUAACAUUGCUUAAUUUUACAGUUACUCUUGAUGGUUUAGAGGAGCAAUUACUUGGAGAAGUUGUCUCUAUUGAGAAGCGUGAGUUGGAAGAGGAGAAAAAUCGUAUUAUUCAAAGUAUUUCACAUGGUCAGAAGAAACUUCGCGCUAUUGAGGAAACUAUUCUUGGUAAACUCAAAUCUACUAAAGGUAAUAUAUUAGAUGAUAGUGAACUUAUUGCAGAACUUAAAUCCGCCCAAUCUAAUGCACAUGAUCUCAGUGAAAAUCAAAAAGAAGCAAAUGAAAAGAUGAAAAUUAUUACAUCUACACGUGAUCGUUAUCGUGAUGUGGCUGUUCGUGCUUCCAUUCUCUUCUUUGUUUUGGCUGAUAUUGCUCGUAUUGAUCCUAUGUAUCAGUACUCUUUACAAUUCUUUGUAAAACUUGUUCAACAUGAGGUACAAGCUACGGAAAAACCAAAUAAUUAUACUGAAGAGGAUGUCAAUAUGUUAAGAGAUCAUCUGGACAAGAUUAUUUCACGACUUACACUAACUACAUAUGAACAAAUUUGUCGAGGUCUUUUUAAUAAAGAUAAAACUAUUUUGUCUCUUCUUAUUUGUACUUCUAUUCAACGUCAUAAUCAUGAAUUAUUGGAGGAUGAAUGGCAAUACUUUAUUCGAGCUUCUGCUUUGGUACCAAGUGAUUUAUUACCACAACCACAAGUUUUAUCAUUCUUAUCACGACAACAAUGGGAACUUACGGUUGCACUCUUUCGUAAUGUUUCCUGUUUCCGAGAGUUGGAGAAAAGUUUACAAGAAGAAAGUGAAGCUUGGAAAGAAUUUAUUCAGUCUGAGGCACCACAAGAUGUAAAACUUCCAGGUGAUUGGAAUAAAAAAUUAAAUGGAUUCCAACGUAUUCUUCUUAUUCGUUGCUUCCGAGAGGAGAAAUUAUUCUUUGCACUCACAGAUUAUGUAGAUCAUACAAUGGGUCGACGAUUUGUAGAACCACCACCGCUUAGUUUAGAAGUUGCAUUAUCGGAUAGCUCUGCAACAGUGCCUAUUGUGUUUAUCCUUUCACAAGGUGCAGAUCCAAUGGGUAUGCUGCAGGCAUUCGCACAAAGCCAAGAACAGAAAUUGCAAUAUGUAUCAUUAGGUCAAGGUCAGGGUGAAAAUGCUAAGCGGCUUAUUGGUACUUGUCGUAAAAAUGGUACAUGGGCACUACUACAAAACUGUCACUUAUCAAAGACGUUUAUGCCAGAGUUGGAAUUGCAAGUGGCAGCAUUACAACAACCAGGAUCAACUGUACAUCCAGAUUUCCGUCUUUGGUUAACAUCUAUGCCAACGGACUUCUUCCCUAUAUAUGUCUUACAGAACAGUGUUAAACUCACGAAUGAACCACCAACAGGACUUAAGGCAAAUAUGGUUCGUUGUUUUGGUGAAGUUACAGAGGAAGAAUUUGAAGUUUUUAGUGAUACAGAUCGUAUGGGAACUUAUCCUAAAGGGAUGGCAUUCAAAAAACUUCUUUAUGGACUUUGUUUUUUCCAUUCUGUGAUUUUAGAGCGAAAGAAAUUUGGUCCACUGGGAUGGAAUGUACGGUAUGAAUGGAAUGAUACGGAUUUCCAUGUCUCAAAGCAAUGGUUAAGAUUAUUUUUUGAAGAGCAGGAAGUUAUUCCAUGGGAGUCGCUUGAAUACAUUAUUGGACAAAUUAACUAUGGUGGUCGUGUUACAGAUCCACUUGACAGAGGUACAUUACAAACCAUUUUGCGUAAGUACCUUUGUCCAUCUAUUUUGAAUAAUGACUUUAAAUUUAGUCCUAGUGGAAAUUAUUAUGCACCACCUAAUGGAAGUUUAGAAAGUUUUAUGGAUCAUAUUCAACAAAUGUCCCUUGUAGAUGAACCGGAAGUAUUUGGAAUGCAUACUAAUGCGAAUCUACGUUAUCAAUUACAAGUUUCACAAUAUCUUAUGAGUACUAUUGUCUCUAUCCAACCACGUCUUGGUGCUGCUGGUAGUACUAAUACUGGUGGUAAUAGUGGGGAUCGUAGAAAAAGCAGCGCAGAUAGUGGUGAAGAGGGUGAUGAGUUUGCUGCAACUCCUGAAGAAGAAGUUCGACGUAAAUGUGAAGAGUUUGAAUCCACCUUACCUAAUAUUCUCUUACGUGAAGAGGCUGGUCCAAAGACUUUUACAACACUUGAGAGUGGUUUACCAAAUUCCAUGUCUACUGUGCUUUCGCAUGAAAUGGUAAAAUACAACAAACUCAUCACGACAAUGCGAAAGACUAUACAUGAUUUACAAAAAGCACUUCAAGGUCUGACUGUACUUUCUGCUGAUCUUGACGCCAUGUAUGAAUCCUUCUUAACCGAUCAAGUUCCACGUUUGUGGUCUGCAGUGGCGUACACUUCUCUAAAGCCGCUUGGCUCAUGGUAUCGUGAUUUCCUGCAGCGUGUGCAGUUUAUCCGUACGUGGCUGCAGAAGGGAGAACCGCGCAGUUAUUGGAUUGGUGGUCUCUUCAACCCGAGUGCCUUCAUGACGGGUAUCUACCAGGCCUACUCCCGCGCCGAGGGCGUCUCCGUCGACAAACUCGGCUUCUCCUUUAAGAUGUUGGAGGAAACACCCAACAGCCACACGGGCGAUGGGAACCACAACAGCGGCCAUCAGGAGAUGCACGCGGCCAGUCACGACGCCGUGGAGAAUAUCGCGGCGCCGCCCGCCCGCGGUUGUUACGUGCACGGCAUCUACACGGACUCGUGGCGGUGGGACGCCGGCCGCGGCGCAAUGGCCGACCCGCUCCCCGGCGAGCCCCACGCGCUGCUGCCGGUCGUCCACUUCCUGCCGGAGCCGCACCACAAGACCGCGGAGACGUGGCACCGCAUUCCGCUUUACCGCACGGUUGUGCGGGCCGGCGUUAUCUCCUCUCUCGGUGCCAGCUCCAACUACGUGCUUUCCAUUGAGGCACCAACCGAUAAGGGAAGUGAUUACUGGCUGCUCAUGGGUGCCGCCUGCGUCUGCGCCCUCGCUGUUUAA